GCGCGCGCGCUGUGUGUGUGUGUGUGCGUGUGAGUGUGAGUACGUGCGCGUGUUUUCUCGGGCUGCGCGCGCGGGAGGCGUGGAGCUCCCACUCCUGACAUCCCCCUCGCGUCGGCGGUGGCGGCUCGGCUCGGCUCGGCUCCUCGAGGCAGCGCACUGGAGACUCUCGUGACAUCACAGAGAGACACCGCGAACGGGGGAAGUUCGCGACUCAAAGAACGAACAAACCCUUCUGUGGAUGUGAACUGGCAAAAUCCCGGAGACCCUGAUUCUAGUUCGGCGGCGCGAUUCUCCGCACACUUUGAGCGGCACCGAGGAGCCGCCUAAAAUGGUGACACUUCCAUGUGAGAGCUUGUAAAUGGGAAAAAGUUACCUUCGAGACGGUGAAGUGCGCUACCUCGCCAAAGGGCCUUUACCGAGGGGAUCUGUAGAGGAGCUCAAAACUGGCGCCCUUGCACCUUGGUUUAUUAUUUUUUUCUAGAGCGGGGUGUUCUUUAGUUAGCGUGGGAGUUCGCGCGUGAAGGAGCAGCAGGGGGAGACGGCUUUUCUCGCCGCGAUCUCUCGCAUAUGGACGACAGCAGUCCUCUGUCUCCAAAGGCAAACGCUUUCAGUAUUGCCUCUCUGAUUGCAGCCGCGGAGCGAGCAGGAAACGCAGCGUUUGACAAACACGACACCGGCCCGGACAAGCAGGACCUGCAGAGCUGCUGCAGAGCCUUAAACAUGCACUACAGCACUGUCACGCGGGAAAUGGAAGCCUUCACCACCAGCAGCCUGAGCAGCCUCAACACCCCGGGGAGUUACCACCUCUCCCCAUCGCCCGGAGACCCUUACAGCCAGCAUGAAGCCCACUUCGAGCCCUGCUCGGCAGCGCAACACUCGUACAACUACUCGGGUUCGAACCCGGCCCAGGCCGCGCAGAACGAUACCGGGCCGUCCAACUGCUCCUCAUCCUCCAACUCCACUCCCAACAGCAAGUCUCUGGUGAAGAAGAACCCCAAAGUGGCCAACAUCAACGUCCAGCUGGAGAUGAAGGCGCUUUGGGAUGAGUUUAACCAGCUUGGGACGGAGAUGAUCGUGACGAAGGCUGGACGGAGGAUGUUUCCUACGUUUCAGGUGAAGAUAUUUGGAAUGGAUCCCAUGGCCGACUACAUGCUCUUAAUGGAUUUCUUACCGGUCGACGAUAAACGAUACCGCUACGCGUUCCACAGCUCGUCGUGGCUGGUGGCCGGCAAAGCGGACCCCGCCACCCCGGGCAGGGUCCACUACCACCCGGACUCUCCGGCCAAGGGCGCGCAGUGGAUGAAGCAGAUCGUCUCCUUCGACAAACUGAAACUGACCAACAACCUACUGGACGACAAUGGUCACAUCAUUCUGAACUCCAUGCACAGGUACCAGCCGCGGUUCCACGUCGUCUACGUGGAUCCCAGGAAAGACAGCGAGAAAUACGCAGAGGAAAACUACAAAACGUUUGUGUUCGAGGAGACCCGCUUCACGGCCGUCACAGCCUACCAGAAUCACAGGAUCACACAGCUGAAAAUCGCCAGUAAUCCUUUUGCAAAGGGGUUUCGAGACUGUGAUCCAGAAGACUGGCCCAGAAAUCACAGGCCAGGCUCCCUGCCAAUAAUGAGUGCCUUUGCCAGGACAAGGAACCCUAUGUCAUCACCUCCGCAGCAAAAUGGCACAGAGAAAGAGGACAGUAGGCGAGAUUACGACCGGGACCCGAGCGGGACGCCCAUUCACGCUGACCCAGCUCACCAGAUUAUGUCCCGAGUCCUCAGCCCCGCCUUGCCUGUCCCAGGGGGGCUCCACGCAGUCCCGCUCACCUCCAGCCGGCCCAGUCCCCCUCAUGAGCUGCGCCUGGACACGCACCCCCAGCCACCCGACACUCUCCACCACCACCCCUACAAGUACCCCACCACUUACGAACACUACCUGGGGGCUAAGGCACGGCCGUCCCCCUAUCCUCUGCCCAGCAUAAGAGGACACGGCUACCACCAUCACAUGAACCCUGCCGCUGCCAACAUGUACUCAGCGACCAGCACCCCAGCCAAUUACGACUAUGGCCCCAGAUAAUGCUUGGGCUUUGACACAAGCUCACUUGGCACACUGCAACUUGACCAGCGCGAGUGAAACUAAAUGCACAACAAAACACAAUGUUGUGUACGUGGUCAGUGCAAAAGACAAGUGUCGAGAAGGAACUCCACUGCGGAUGGAUGCUCCUCGAAGGCCUUCUGUAUUUACGGAACAAGGCUCAAUUUUGCCUGAAAUACACAGCUUGGCCAUGCGAGCGACACGGGAGGACGCUUCUACCGUCUCAGUUCUAACAGCUCUUCAGUGGGGCAGCUUUGAACAUCACCUGUGGUCUAAGCAGUGACCUACCCUGCAGAAACACCAAACGGAUGCUCUUAUAAACAUGAAAUUGCAUUAUUUUGGACUGGAAUUUUAACUUUGUUUUGGAUGCACUUUUUGUUGUUGCUUUGAGAGAAAAAAGCCAUACAUUGUAUAGUCUUGAGCCCAUCAAGCUUCUAGGUAGACAAGAUAUCUGCAUGUUGAGUUCACUGAGGGCAGCUAAAAAGCCAACAGAAUGGUGCUGUCUGAAUCUGUUUGAGAACUUUGCUUCAGCCACAGAUUGAACAGAGAAGUGCUGCAAGAGGCCCGUAAAAUGGCACGGAGUUGAAAACCGUUCGUAGAAGUACAAAAACUAAAUGAGACACCAUGCUUGUGCUGUAACUGAAUGAAUGAUGCAAGUGAAUAUUAAAUUCUUUCCUGUAAAUGAGCAGAAAUCUUUAGCUGUCCCUUUAUUCUCUCACACAUAAUGAAAUAAGAAAUCAUCUUGUCCAAUUUUAUCUACCGCUCAACUCGUCUUGCCAGAACUCACCUGAUUUCUUCUGCAUCCAUAUGCAAGGAAAAUGACUAUCAAUGGAUUAGUUGUACUGUUUGUACGGUCUGAGAACAGCUCUGUUGUCAGCUCAUAACUGCAAUGCAGUGACUGGCUGUACUUUCCUGCAAAUCACUAUCACUCGUGAAUAAGUGUAUUAUUCAAUAGUAAACAAGGACAUGGGGACAGCCGGAAGCAAAGUGGUUUGCGCUACUGCUUUGGAUCUAAUGGUCGCAGGUUUGAUCCCC